ACUGCUGUACUGAGAGACACAGACACACAAGAUAAACCGGGAUUCCUCCUGUUAUUCACCAUCACUCCUGUCGGGUCGGAAUGGAGAUGUUGAAUAAUCGACUAAAAUAAGGAAAAGUCCUGCUGAGCUCAAGAUGGUGUCGUGGAUCAUUUCGCGGAUGGUGGUCCUUGCUUUCGGGACCCUCUAUCCUGCCUAUUCCUCAUAUAAGGCUGUGAAGACGAAAAAUGUCAAGGAAUAUGUGAAAUGGAUGAUGUACUGGAUAGUGUUCGCUUUAUUUACCACAGCCGAGACCAUCACAGACAUGCUUCUCUCUUGGUUUCCAUUUUAUUUUGAGCUGAAGAUUGCCUUUGUUAUCUGGCUCUUGUCCCCAUACACAAAGGGUUCCAGCGUGCUGUACCGCAAGUUUGUGCAUCCCACGCUGUCAAAUAAAGAAAGGGAAAUUGAUGAGUACAUAACUCAAGCUAAAGACCGCAGUUAUGAUACCAUGAUGCGGUUUGGGAGGAGAGGACUCAACAUUGCAGCUACUGCAGCAGUCACAGCUGCCACAAAGGGUCAGGGUGUGUUAUCAGAGAAGCUGCGCAGCUUCAGCAUGCAGGAUCUGACUCUGAUUCAGAAUGAAGAUGAGCUGCAGUUGGACGGCGGAGAUGACACGCACACUGCAGCCACGCUACCUCGUGCUAAAACAGCAACUCGCACAGUACGUGCCACACCCGUACCAGCGGACACUGAGUCACAGCACAGCUCUCGCUCUGAUGAUCAGUCAGAUAGCAGGACUGAGCAUUCAGAUGAGGAUGCAGCUGAUAAAGCCCCCAAACGCAUCGCAAUCACCAGGGCAGCCAAGAAACCAGCUGCUGCUAAGACAGAGCAGACCACCAAGACAGUGAAGAAAGCUCCAAAAAAGAAAACCACCACGGCUAACAACGUUGCUGAAUCACCAUGAGCCACACGGUGCUCACCAAUUCUUGGACAACACAAACAUUCACAAGCUUUCCCAUAUUAUUAACACCCAACCAUUCAUGCUGUUUGCUUUUAAUGAUGUGUACUGACAUCCAUCGCCUGAGGCUGUUUUUAUUUAGGUUUGAUGCGGUGAGUAAGUUUAGACAUCAGGCUACAUACAUUCAUUUUCCAUGUAAUAACAGCAGUGUUUCUGCGACAUCUUCUCUGUAGGCCUUAAUAUUAGUGUGCAAAGCCUGAGAUCUGGAAGCAGUGCCUGCACAUAAUCAUACAUCAUCACUUCAGUCCAUCCCUGUUUUCCCUAAUAGAGGCCAGUUCACUUUUUUUUAGCAUAUAGGACACGCACUAUGGGAUGAGGGAGAAACGGGAGCAGAAAAGCUGGGCUAUUAAAUGAAUUAGAAACAGACUUGAUUUACAACACAAGUACAGGGUCCGUAGAGAUGUCUGCUGUCGCUCUGAGCGGUUCUGUUCUCAUUCUGGGUCAUUGUACAUUCUGAGAUUUGUCGUGAAUAUUCAUGAUCUCAGAGGUCAGACGUCUACUAGAAGCUUCAGGAUCUUCUAUGCUCUUGCUGUUAUUAGUGCGUUUGUCCAGAGCUGUUCGGCGUGCGUACGCUUUUCUGGUUCUAAUUUAACACCCGUCUAGUGGGAUGUUACACAUUUUGAAAGUAUUAUUUAAAAAAUGCCAGGUCGUUGUUUUGGUAGGGUACAAGAUGAAAGCAAAAUUUGUCAGUCAAGUUUGAUCUCUGAAGAUUCACUCUUUUUUUUUUUUUUUUUUUUUUUUUAGAAAGUCAACCGUUUCAGUGCAGCGAGCUAUUCAUUUUAUUGACGCAUUUUGCUUGUCGAACUCAAAUCCAUAACUUUUUUUUUAAUGAUGCACUGAGCAGUUGGGAGUUAACAGAUGGUUCAUUGUGGGCAAAAUGAUCAGCCCUCAGAAGUGAAAAUUAUUUUUAAAAUAGACCAGAGGGUUUUCGGGCCAACGUAUUUUUUAAGACCUCCCCCUAUUCGUUCUCUUGAAACUGCAUGUAGUCCUGAAUCCACAUGUGGACCGAUGUGUUUGGAUUUAGGUGCUGAUCUUGACUUCAGCUGUUAAGGCAUUAUAACAUGCAGCGUUAUUGAGAGCCGAUAGGUGGCGCUGCUGUACAGCAAAACAGCACUAGAAUACUUGCAGAUGGAAAAUAGGUUUAAAUCCGUUGGUUAAUUAGCCGAAAUAUACCCGAAUAAAUGUUAAUUUGUAUAAUACUAUUGACUGUACAAAGUCUGCCUUACUCUGAUAGGCUUUUUAAGUUCAUGUUUACAUAUAAUAUGUCAUUUUGUAGGAUAGGAUGUACAGAAAUGUUAAUUUUUGUUGUAAAAAGUGUUAUUUGUGCAUAUUUGUAUGGUUUUAAUUUACGAUAUUUUGUCUUCUCUCUGCCUUUUUUUCUUUUGUUUGAGAAGGACUUUUGAUCAUUUUAUAGUUUACUUAAACAGUGCAAAUCAUAUGUUAGUCCUUGUUUAGACACUCACACGUGUAGUUUAUAGCAGAUGGAUGUUUCUGUAGAAACACGCGGAUUAGAAAUGACAGAUCUGUCAUAACACAAUGCCGACUUGAAUCAUCAUGAUCAAUAAUUCAGUGUUGCUGAUUGGCGACAUGACAUUUUUCUGUGUCUUAGUCUCCUGAGUAAUUCAUCUUUUUUUUUUUUUAAAUAAGAAACUUUGAGAUUGUUUGUCUUUUAAUUAAAUGUGUGUGGUUGAUGCUCACCAACCCACACAAAAAUGACUGUCAGUCUCACUCCUCAGUCUGUUCUUUGUUCUUUUCUUUUUUCGCUCCUUUCCCCCCCUUUUCUUUGGUAUUUAUUUGCAUAAUCAGAAAUGACAAUACGUUUGUUUUCUUUUAAUUCGCCAAGGCUUGCGCUGAGUGAGACAUGACAAAUUGAACAUUCACUUUUUCUUUGAUGUUUUUCUGCAUUGUGUUGGAAAUUGGUAUUAUUGCAUUUGCAGAUUUGAACUGAGAGAAUAGUCAACCUUAAUAUAUUGUUUGUGCCAAUUCUCAAUGCUCUUAAUAUAUUACAAGAAUGAAAAAGAGACUGCUGCUACAUGUGUACUAACUGACCUUGAAAUAUUAUUCAAUAAAAAUGCAAUUACUUCCUGAA